UUUUCUUUCUUCUUUUUUCUGAUUAAAAUCCCUAUUCCCCUCUCUUUGAUGAAGAUCACAAGCACCCAUCGACCUUCAACAACCCUCCUUCCCCUCCUCUCUCUCUUUCCAUCCCAUGCAUGAAACUAAUGAAUUGACUACAUCUUUGCCUCUCCAAAAGGAAACCCAAGCACCACACCACCCCACAAAACUAAUCAAUCGAUUAUUCAAGCACCCUCUCCUGCGGCAAAGCAAAACAUAAACAUGAUGUCCUCCGACAACACACCGCCAGGGAAGCCUCCGCCCGGCACAAAAGGCGGUGAGAGCCUAGCAGCAGGAGGAGGUGGAGGAGGGGGAGCAAGCAGCCGGGCGAAGCCCACGUCAUCAUCAUCCUCAGGAGCAAAGCAGCAGCAUCCGCCACCGGAGCAAUCCCUCAAGUGCCCGAGAUGCGACUCGCCCAACACCAAAUUCUGCUACUACAACAACUACAGCCUCACGCAGCCACGUCACUUCUGCAAGACCUGCCGGAGAUACUGGACCAAAGGCGGCGCCUUACGCAAUGUCCCCAUCGGCGGAGGCUGCCGGAAGAACAAGAGAGUGCGGUCGUCGUCCUCGAAUUCCAGGCUCUCCUGCAGCCUCGACUCGAAAGACUCCGCGGGCUCUUCCUCCUCGGAGAAUAUGAUGCUGGGCGGCUUAAAGUUCUUCCAUGGCAUUUCUCCUGCCAUGGAUUUUCAGCUCGGCGGCCUAUCAUCUUUGCCUAGCAGGCUCCACCAUAACCCUUCAUCUGGAAUCAGUUAUAAUAACAACAACAACCAGUUUUCGGCUUUUGGAGACGUUUCGGGUACUUCUGGAUUGACUAUAAGCACUCCUCUUGACACAUCAGCCUCUUGUAAUUCUUUUCUGGGUUUCAAUUAUCCUCUCACUUUGGGCGGCGGAGGGGGCGGUGGAGCAGGCGGUGGCGGUGAUGGGUUUAGUGCUACUCAGAAUAUGAUGAGCUCUAUGAAUGUUCAUAGUAGCCUUGCGUCGUCGAUUGAGUCUUUGAGCUCCAUUAACCAAGACCUUCACUGGAAAUUGCAACAGCAGAGGCUGGCCAUGUUGUUUGGGAGUGGCAAUGAUCAUGAUCAGUCAACUCAGACAACGCAGUCUCAGCUAGAACAGCAGCAGAAAACGCAGCAGAUUGCACCCAUAAGCUUGUUUCAGAAUCUGGAGGUUUCAUCAAAAGCUGAUCAUCAGCAUCAACAUCAAGUUGUUGGCACUCAUGGAAGAAGAGAAGGUGCAAGUGCGAGCGGAGAUACAGCGACGGAGUGGUUCUUUGGGAAUUCUUAUGCGCCCCCAGUGACUCCGACUCCAACCAACAGCGGAGGUGGAAACGGUGGCGGCGGCGGCAAUGAAAACACAAGCAACUGGCAGCAUGGAAUUCAAGCGUGGAGUAGCCAUGAUUUGCAGCAAUAUAAUGCUUUGCCCUAGAUGAUCAUGAGGAACUGAGUCUCAGGCUCCAUCUCUCCUCCUCGGCCUCUGAUCACAGUGUCAUUGUAUGAAACAGAAACACACCACAGUAGCUCAGUAGCUCAGUAGCAGUAAUGGCCAGCUACUUAAAGCCUCCGUAGCCCUGCAAUAGUUGCAAUGUUGAGCCAGCCUAGCUAGCCUCUGAUCACC